AACUCACACAAUCACUGUGACCGAGAGGAGAAAUGGAGCAGAAUCAGCUGAACCGAGAAACCUUGUCUUGUUCGAUCUGUCUGGAUCUACUGAAGGAUUCUGUAACUAUUCCCUGUGGACACAGCUACUGUAUGAAGUGUAUUAAAAACUUCUGGGAUGAAGAGGAUCAGAAAGGAAUCCACAGCUGCCCUCAGUGCAGGGAGACCUUCACACCGAGGCCCGUUCUGAAGAAAAACACCAUGUUAGCAGCUUUAGUGGAGCAGCUGAAGAAGACUGGACUCCAAGCUGCUCCUGCUGAUCUCUGCUAUGCUGGACCUGAAGAUAUGGCCUGUGAUUUCUGCUCUGGAAGAAAACUGAAAGCCACCAAGUCCUGUUUAGUCUGUCUGGCCUCUUUCUGUGAGAAACACCUUCAGCCUCAUUUUGUUUCAGCUCCAUUAAAAAAACACAAGCUGGUGGAGCCCUCCAAGAACCUCCAGGAGAACAUCUGCUCUCGUCAUGAUGAGGUGUUGAAGAUGUUCUGUCGUACUGAUCAGAAGUGUAUCUGUUAUCUCUGCCCUGUGGAUGAACAUAAAGGCCACGACACAGUGUCAGCUGCAGCAGAAAGGACUGAGAGGCAGAGAGAGCUGGAGGUGAGACGAGAAAACAUCCAGCAGAGAAUCCAGGACAGAGAGAAAGAUGUGAAGCUGCUUCAACAGGAGCUGGAGGCCAUCAAGCACUCUGCUGAUAAAACAGUGGAGGACAGUGAGAAGAUCUUCACUCAGCUGAUCCGUCUCAUCCAGAAAAGAAGCUCUGAUGUGAAGCAGCAGAUCAGAUCCCAGCAGGAAACUGAAGGGAGUCGAGUCAAAGAGCUUCAGAAGAAGCUGGAGCAGGAGAUCACUGAGCUGAAGAGGAAAGACGCUGAGCUGAAGCAGCUCUCAGACACAGAGGAUCACAACCAGUUUCUCCACAACUACCCCUCACUGUCAGCACUCAGUGAGUCUACACACUCAUCCAGCAUCAAGAUCCGUCCUCUGAGCUACUUUGAGGAUGUGACAGCAGCUGUGUCAGAGCUCAGAGAUCAACUACAGGACAUCCUGAGAGACGCAUGGAAAAACAUCUCACUGAGACUCACUGAGGUGGAUGUUUUACUGUUAGCAGAACCAAAAAACAGAGCUGAUUUUUUAAAAUAUUCACAUAAAAUCACACUGGAUCCAAACACAGCACACAAACAACUGUUACUAUCAGAGGGGAACAGAAAGGUGACAAGGACUGAUCAGACUCAGUCUUAUUCUAGUCAUCCAGACAGAUUCACGUUUUGGUCUCAGGUCCUAAGUAGAGAGAGUCUGACUGGACGUUGUUACUGGGAGGUGGAGUGGAGCGCAAGAGUUUCUGUAGCAGUCGCUUACAAGAAUAUCAGCAGAGCCGGAAGUGGGAAUAAAUGUGUAUUUGGAUAUAAUGACAAAUCUCGGGCAUUAUAUUGUUACCAAAACGGCUAUGAAUUUGUUCACAGUAACAUCAGGACCUCCAUCUCAGGUCCUGGUUCCUCCAGAGUAGGAGUGUACCUGGAUCACAGAGCAGGUAUUCUGUCCUUCUACAGCGUCUCUGAAACCAUGACUCUCCUCCACAGAGUCCAGACCACCUUCACUCAGCUGCUACAUGCUGGGGUUUUGAUUUGGAUCAGUGGAGACUCUGCUGAGUUCUGUAAACCCAAAUAGACAGAAUCCACUGAAGGUUCAAUGAGUUUGAUUCUGAUUUUUAAAUCUUCACAAUUUUCUUAAUUAUUGUUGUUUUAUGUCUAAACUGGUCAGAAAUCAAUCAGAGAUUGUCAGCCUUUGUUUUUCUUCAUCUUUGAUGAUCUGGUCCUGUUGGGUUUGUUAAUUCCUCAAUAUUGUUUUCCGAAACAGCUGAUCGGCACUGGCCUAUUUGCUGUUUUUUCUUCGUUGUUGGAGAAGACAACAGAUAUAGCCUUUUAGUGGACCUGAGUUGAUUUCCUGUCAAGUUGCUUUACUGCUGGUUGUAAAGUUAAAAUGCAGACUUGUUUCAAACUGCUUGAAUCUAUUUUUGAUGCCAUCUCUAAUAAGAGCGAUGUUCAGCUGAAUCUGAAGCACAAAGAUACAAUAGCUGAUGUUUAGUUUGUUUCUAAAGUGAUCAGUUAAAGGUAUACUAUGCAACCGGGGUUGAUUUUCCAGCGAGGCUCCCCCCAGAGGGCGAAAGUAAAAG